AUGCAGGAUGAGGUAACGGUGUAUUUUCUUACGGGUAAAACAAAAGUCGCUCCUUUUAAGGCAUCACAGGCGGAUGAGUCACUGAUAAUACCACGGUUAGAGUUGUGCGCCGCCUUGUUACUUGCGCGACUGCUGUCUCAUCAACUCUUCGUGCUUCGUGAUAUCGUAACGAUAUAUUGUAUUCGAACAUGGAGUGAUUCUACCAUUGUCUUGGCUUGGCUUAAUGGGGAACAAAAGCAAUUUAAGGUAUUUGUUACUAAUCGAGUGACGAAAAUUCGUUCUCUUCUGCCACACUGUGAAUGGUCUCAUGUACGAUCAUUGGAUAACCCUGCAGAUCCUGCAUCUCGAGGCAUGCUGCCUGAAGAACUUCUUACCAAUCGAUUACAUUUAAAUGGUCCAGAGUUUCUGUACGAUCCCAAUUGUCAGUUUUCAAGUUUGAUGCUGAAUGAGUUUCCACCUGAGCAACUUCCAGAGAUAAAAACCUCGUUUAAAAAUGUCUUAUUUGUUCAAGACAGUAUCCAGCCUUCAGAUAUGAUCAGUCAAUUUUCAACAAUAACAAAAAUGCAACGUGUGUUGGCGUACUGUUUCCGUCGUCGAAAUAUUCCUAAGAUCAGUGGACCAAUCACUCUGAUGGAAUACGAACGUGCCCUGAACGUAGCUAUUUUAUGUACGCAAAUGACAUAUUUGUCGGAUCUACAUAAACAGAUAAAAAAUCAAGGUUCCAUAACUCCGACAACGAUAGCCCAGCUAGCUCCCUUCAUCGAUUCAAAUGGAAUCAUUCGAUUUGGCGGAAGAUUAAAACGUGCGCUAUUAGAUGAAAAUGCAAAAUAUCCAAUUCUUUUGCCUCAAAAGACACAUCUAACAGAAUUAAUCAUUCGACAUUUUCAUCAUAUCUCGUUACACGGAGGAUCAAGAUUGGUACUUUCGAUGAUACAUCAAAAAUUUUGGAUUAUUUCUGGUCGAGCAGCUGUCCUGAAAGCUGUGCAUUUGGAAACCGUGUCAGAUAUAUCCACAGACGCGUUCCUCGCCGCGUUGGACAGAUUUGUUGCUCGACGUGGAAUUCCCUACAGCAUGUACACCAAUUGCGGUACAAAUUAUGUAGGUGUUGUAAAACAACUGAAGAAACUGUUUGAUGGAGCCUCCAAUCAACAUACCUUAUAUGGUCGUAUACCUUGCAAGUGGCAUUUUAACCCACCGAGAGCCCCUCAUUUUGGUGGGAUAUGGGAGGCUGCCGUCAAAAGUGCAAAAACCCAUUUAAAGAAAGUGAUUGGUGCCCAAGUAUACACUACGGAGGAAUUCACAACACUCAUAACGCGAAUCGAAGGCGUCUUAAACUCUCAGCCGAUGCUACCGCUGUCCAGUGAUCCAAAUGAUUUAAACGUGUUAACCCCAGGUCACUUUCUAAUUGGACAACCAUUGCUAGCACUUCCAGAAGAGGAUGUUGUGAACACCCCAACCAACCAUUUAGGUCGUUGGCAAUUACUCCGUCAAGCUUUUUGA